AUGGAGCAUAUUGAUGGUUUUUUAACCCUUCCUUACCUUCGCUACUGUGGUAUUUACCGAGAGAUGUCCAAGCUGAAGAAACUUCGCACAAUAAAUUGUUCAGCAGUUUUGUUUGUGUUCAUGAUUUUGCAGUCGAUAUACGUUUUGCAAAAUGUGGAAGAUUUUCUUUCGAUCUGCGACGUAAUUCCAACAUUGGUAGUGGGAUUAGUGGCUAUUUGCAAGCUGUGCAUCUUUGUUUUAAAGCCAGCAGCCAUAUUCUCUCUGAUCGACUCAUUCAAGAUGCUCCAGAAACGCUCGAACGGCGAAAAGCAAAUGUUAUUCCAGAGGAGCAAAAAUUUCCAUGCCAAUCUCACCAAGGUGUACAUAAUGGGCGCAUUGAUUGUGGGUUGGUUUUAUAUUUUGAGUGCUGUUGUUGCUGGAGUUCGGCAAUCCAUAGUUGAGGAAAAAUUACGUUUUUUUGCACCUAUGGCUUUUCCACAUAACUAUCAACAUCCGGUUGUUUUUGUGGCAACUUUACUGUUCAACUGUGACUCAAUUCACAUGAGCAUUUUCAUAAAUGGUAGUGUCGACACGUGCUUUUCAGAACUGGCUACUAACGUAGCCAUCCAUUUCAACAUCAUACAGGAUCGUGCAAGAUCGAUUGAUUUUUCAAAACACACGGAUAAUGACCUACAGGAUGUCAUCCAUUACCAUAUGGAUUUGCUGAGCAUAUGCUCAAACAUGAACAGCAUUUUUCAGCACACAGUAUUCUACCUGUUAAUGCUGGACUCGGUGCUGUUGUGCGUAAUUGGUUAUCAAUUAUAA